GGACGGAGCAAUGAGCGUGUUCUGAAUGACGUCAUACCUUAUUCUACAUGAUGAUUGGUUACAGUUUCACGUGACUGUGGGCGAUCAACUCGUGAAGUGCCGAGACAGCAUGUGUGAAAAACUAUAGUAAAAACAAAUAUCUGAGAAAGAUGGCAGAAGAACUUGUGUCCGUUCCAAGUGUGAGUACCGUAACAGAGGCUUGCUCACUCGGUUCUUCGCAUGAUGAAAGUAUUGAACCAGCCAAAAAGAAGCUUCGUACAGAAGGCUUGGGGGAAAACAAAGGAGAUCGUCUGGAGCAGAGACUUGGCGGAAUUCUGUGUUGCGCAGUCUGUUUGGACCUUCCUCGUUCAGCCAUUUAUCAGUGCACAAACGGACAUUUGAUGUGUGCAGGUUGCUUCACGCACCUGCUGGCCGACGCUCGUCUACGGGAUGAAACGGCCUCUUGCCCAAACUGCCGUACAGUAAUCAGCAAGGAACUCUGUUCUCGAAACCUUGCUGUGGAAAAAGCAGUCAGUGAGCUACCAACUGAGUGCCAGUUUUGUUCUCGGGAACUUCCCAGGUCACAGUUAGAGCACCAUGAAGCCGAGCUAUGUGAAGAAAGGCUUACGUUAUGCUGCUAUAGCAGGAUUGGGUGUAAAUGGCGAGGACCAUAUCAUGAACUUCAAAAUCACGAAGAGCUUUGCCUUCAUCCACAUAAAACGGGUAAAGAAGUGAUAGAGGCUCUUGCUGUAAUUGAUGAAAAGAAUCUUCAGGAGAACGAGCUCUACUCCUGUGUGUUUGAGUUACUCUCUUAUGAAAAAAUUGCCUUUAAUGACCUCCAGUUCAAGCCAUACCGUACUGACGAAUUUAUUCACAAGCUCUAUUACGAGACCUCUCGUUUCACAGCAUUUGGUCACCAGUGGGUGGUGAAGGCUCUGGUGAAUGACAGCCAAAGAGAUCCCACCCAGUCUUGUGAACGAAGUCUAACCUAUAACCUGGUUUUGAAGAGCAAAGUAACAAAUCCUCUAAAAAUCCACUACACGAUCCUCAAAGGUCCUUUUGGGGACAUGAAGAUAAACCCUCGUCUUUAUCAGUACGAGUUCAGCGAUGCAAGUGCUGAAAGUCCAUACCGAACAAUUUCCUUAGUGGAUUCAGCAGAAUGUAACAAACUUCUGGCUGCAAAGGCCAUCAACUUUCGGCUAAUUAUGUUUCAUAUUUCCAAGUGAAAGUGUGGUUUCUUGUGACCAGUAUAUACAUACCCCUAGGUGAUUAAUUCAGGGGCUUUUUCUACGGGUCUGCACAACAUGCAUGAUCCGAGAAAGGAUUUGAAUCUAGCUCGAUUACCUAGUUUUACUAAAAAAUAAAGUGCUGUAAAGUAUAUAUAGAUCAAUGUUAUUGAAUGAUUUGUUGUUGUUUUUUUUUUUGCUUCACUCGUAUGUCUUGUUUUUGUCAUUCAAUGUAAUUUAAAAUAAAUCUCUAGGUAUCUUUGUCACUUUAAUCCACAUUACACCAUCAUUAGUAUCAAAAAUUACCACUGUAUUCUUUAUCUUAAAAUAGCAGUUUUGUUUCAUUGUUCUAAUACCAAAGCAGGAUGAAAAUAUUUGUAUGAGUGUAUGGAAUGUUAUAUACCUUAUCUUACAUAUUUUUUAGGUGUCCUUGGUGUUAGAGAAGGAAUCAAAAGUUUUGUAUCCUUAUUUGAUGUGCAAAGAACUCAGUCUUCGAUCUGUUUAUAUAUAUAUCCAUGUAAUAGUGGAUCAUGGCAUGAAAGUAAACAACAAAUUAAAUCAAUAUGUUAUGUCUUGUUAUAAAUAUGAGUACAUUUUUCUAGGUUGCCUAGGCAUUUGAUGAAUCAGUUGAAACAAAGGUAAGUGUUAAAAAUUGUCAAUAAAAAGUAUUUUUAGAGUUAAAACCAGAUUGAUUUAAACAACUAAUGUGUGUGUGUGUGUGUAUAUAUAUGUGUAUGUGUACUUUAAUUUGAAAUUUAAGGACUAUAAGCUCUACACUUAUGAAUUUCAGAAGUUAAGUGUGUGACAGGUAAGACUUGUCUAGGAUUGUAAAAGUUUUAACAGGAGUUAGCGGGUCACAGGUAAGACUUGUUCAGGACUGUAAAAGUUUUAACUUCUGUUGUAUGUUCACAGAACUAGGAAAAACCCCAAACAGUCACUAAAGUUCUGGUGUUAAAUGCAUAGAAACCUCACAAGAAGAAAAACAAACAUACACUUUAGAAUUAGUGAUUACAAACACAUUUGUAGUUAUAACAAUGAGUGUUGUAAGUGUUUGAUGUCAUUGUUUUCAACUUCUUUGUAAUCCAAGUCUAGCCAAGUGUGUUCCGUGUUCAUUUUAUAUAUAGUUUGUUUUGUAGAAGAGCAGGUUAUUCUUUCUGUAUCCUGUUCUUUAGUGAAGCUGUUAUGAAGUCAAGCAAAUAGCUUCAUCUUACUUAACCUACUUCAAUAUCACACACUUUAAAUACUCGUAAUUAAACAUUUAUUACAGAAGGAAAACAUGCUUUAGAAACUAGUGUGAGAAAUUUUUUUACACAAAAUGUUAAAUGAAUGAAAAGGAACUUAAUAAGGAAUGAAUAAUUUCCAUGUAUGUCAAUAAAAAAUUUUUAUUUAAUAUAUUAAAGCAAAGGAAGAAAAUAGUUUAAUUUUUCGACAUCAGUUUUGUCAACCAUUGUAUUGAAAACUGAAUUUUUUUUUCAUGUAAAUAUUUCUUAAAUAAAUUGAAAGCAGAGAAUCUUGUGGUUUUCUUAGUGUAUUUAGCAAAAUUGUUAAAUGUUUUUUAUUGACAGUUGCUUGUGUUUAUUUUUAUAGCUAACCAUCCUGUUAAAAAAUAUAUUUAGUACUAGACAGUACUGUAAUAUGCAUCGUACAAUUUAUUCAGAGCUUUCAGUUAAUGUGGUGUAGUAAACGAAUCUUAAUUUUAAGCAUGGUGAAUACUUUUUGCUGGGGUUUAGAUGUGCAGUGAAAGAACAUCAUUGACAAGUCCAAGAUUUUCUGUAUUGUAAUAAAAAUUACUUGUGCAUAACAACUUCUCAAAGACAAAACUGAGGUUAAUGGUUGAUAUUAUCAACAAGACAUAUACUAGAUUUAAAUUUUAGACUGAUGCUAAUUCAAACUUUCAGGAAUUAUUAUUGUAAGAGAAACUUUGAACUGUAAAAAAAUAUUAACCUCUAUUCAAAGUAAGAAAUGCCGCACCAUGGUCCUGGUCACUUACAUUGCACAAUUGUUUGGUUUAAUGAAGGGGAAAUCGUAUAAUAAAACAUUUUCACAAGAAAUAUGGUUAACUUUCUUUUCCAUUGUUUAUACAUAUAUAUAGUUUUUGGUGAUAUUUUUAGGACCCCUUUUGCUGCCUAAUAUACAAUGAUCCUUUUUUUUUUUGUAGUUACUGGCUAUAUUUAUUUCGAAGCACAUAAAGGAAAAAAAAAAUUAAUUUCCAUUUUUAAAAUACCUAAAAGCAGCUUUUUUUUUUCAUUUUGAAUAAAAAAGUUAUAACAUUUUUACUGUCUCUGGACCAUACUGUCCUAUAAUUAGUGGUUCAAUAAAAUUUACUUAAAUUAUGCCCUGGCUCCACUGACAUUUAAUUACCAGUCUAGCUCAUCAAUUAUUCAUUUUAAAAUCUUAAGAAAAUUUUUUGAAUUAAAAAAACAUUACAAGGUAAUUUUAUCUUAGUUCUAAAGUGGGUUUCAGUUUUGUUUAUCAUUAAGUAUAAGCUAUUUAAAUGAGAUAUUUUAAUAGUAUUUAUAAGGAACCAACAAUGGUACUUACAGUAAUAAAGUAGAAAAUAAAAAGUUAAGGACCUAACAAUUUUUAUUUUCUACUUUAUUAUUGUAAGUACCAUUUAUACAGUUAGGUCCUUAACUUUUUUUAUUUUCUACUUUAUUAUUGUAAGUACCAUUUAUACACUUUUGUAAUGUUUUAUUGUCAUGCAGUACAAUCCAUCUUAAAUUUAUAAAAAAACAACUGCAAUAGUGCUGAUAAAGUUCAAUGCCUGUGACGUCUUGCUUUUGUGGCCUAUGUGAUUAAAUACAUUUGUAUAUCUAUAGAUGUUUUUAGUGUUAUAUCAUUGUGGCCACGUAUCUGUGUUAUUUUUAAAGCAUAGUAAUAUGUACUUAUAUCUGUAACUACAUUCUUAAAGAGUUCUGUUCAACCUUUACAGAUGUUUCUGUUAUGACUCCUUAAAAUAAGAAAGUAUACUUAUUGAACAUUCUUGGUGUAUUAAGAUAACUUAUUUUUCUUGGGAAUUUUUAAUUGAUUCUUUCCACAUACAAAAAAAAAGAUUAUAAGGACAAACCAUUAUCAAUCCUAGCCAUGAGGUUAAGAUCAAAUCUGUGAUCACAUAGUUAGUAAAAUCUUUUGUUGUUGUACAGUUUUAGUAAAGCAUAAUUAGUGUUAUUUAACAAUAUCAUGUAUUAUAGCUAGCACAGCCAUUCCUAUAUGCAUCUGGUAUUUAAUGUAAUUAGAAGCUCAAGUUAGAAUGUGUACAGGGUACAUAAAAAAAGUUUAUAGCAUCUUCACAUUAUCACAGGGGAAAAUGAAUUAUUAUACUGUACCUAUCUAACACAGUAACGUACAGUAUAAGAUGGUUUGAGGGUCUGAAUUUGUGAUUUGAUUUUGAACCUCUGUAGCAUUGGUUAUUUCUCAGGUGUAAAAGUUUGUUACUAGCACUUCUUGUAUGUAGCUACUUCUGUGGGUUUAUUAUAUCUGUGUAAACUGUGUAACAGAACAUAUUAAAAGUUUUAAGGAUUUUCUUGCUACGAAA